AUGAGAACUAGCUUCUUAAAUUUUUUACUACUAAGUUGCUUAUUUGGAAAUUUAUUACAAUCUUUUGAAGCUCAACCUGUCCCAACUCCAUCUCCUAAUUCGCAUUUUCCGGCCCCUACUCCGAAUCCAAUUUUGCCUCCAACUUCGCCCACGCCAGCGCCUGUUCUGAUUCCUAAACCGCCUAUUACAUCGCCCCUAGAAAAGCCCGUUCAGAGUCCUACUUAUCCUUUACCUCCUCCUUCAAAAAAUGCACCAGAACCGGAACCUCCUGCGGCCGGUCGAGGAGGUCCAUCUGGUCUUAGCGGCGGUCAAAAGGCUGGGAUUGUCAUUGGAACACUUCUAGGAGCAGCGUUGUUAGGUUUGUUUGGUUUGGUUUGCUGGAAGCGUCAAAGUAAUGUAAGAAGAAACCGUUAUAGUAAUGCUUCGAGAAACAUUGAGCUUUGA